AACAGCUGCCGUGUGAGAGCCUCGCUCCGUCCAUGGCGGCCGCAGCGCGGAUUUGCCUCCCAGCACGGGGACUCCGGUGUUUCCGUGGGCAAAGUCAUUGGUGCAGGCCUGCUGUUUGUGGGUGGAGGGAUAGGUGGGACUGUCCUGUAUGCCAGCUAUGACCGACAGUUCCGGGACAGCGUGGAGAAGGCCAUUCCCUACUCUGACAAACUCUUCCAGAUGGCACUUGGCCCUGCACCUUCCAGCACACCAGUGCCAAAGAAACCAAUACAACAAGGUCCACUGAAGAUCUCAUCUGUAGCAGAAGUAAUGAAGGAGUCUAAACAGCCUGCUCCCAAAUCUCAGCUAAGCAAACCAGAAUGUCCUGCUCCUACAGAGGAAAAAGGAGCAGGCAAGGCUGCAGCACAGAUCAUCUCUGCAACAGGGGUAGCUGUGUCGGUGCCAGCUCCGGAGAUACAGACUGAAGAAGGAAAACAACACGAAGCUUCCCAUGCUGUGAAAGAACGGCCCCCAGAAGAAGUUGCAGCCAGGCUUGCCCAGCAAGACAAAGAGGAGCAAGAGAAGGUGUCAGCCCUUGCAGCAACUCUAGAAGGAGCCCUAAAUGCAACUGCUCGUGUGACCCUUCAGGCUAUCACUGCUCAGCAGUCAGCUGUGCAAGCAGUGAAUGCCCAUUCCCAAAUCCUGAAGGAUGCCAUGGAUGAUUCUGAGGAUGCCUGUGGGAAGAAAUCCUCGCAGUGGCGCACGCUGGAGGAGGCGCUCAAGGACCGCAGGAGAGCCGUGGAUGAAGCUGCUGAUGCCCUCCUGAAAGCCAAAGAGGAGUUAGAGAAGACAAAGUGUGUCAUCGAGAAUGCCAAGAAGUCUCAGCUGGCAGGAGCCAAACCUCACAUUGUUGCUGCAGAAGAAAAUCUCCAUCAUAUGAUUGUGGACUUGGACAAUGUGGUGAAAAAGGUGCAGGCAGCACAGUCUGAGGCCAAGAUUGUGGCUCAGUACCACGAGCUGGUGAUCAAAGCCAGAGAGGAAUUCCAGAAGGAGCUGGACAGCAUCACCCCUGACGUGAAGCCUGGCUGGAAGGGGAUGAAGAUAACUGACUUAGCCGGCCAGCUGUCCACCGAUGACCUGAACUCGCUGAUCGCGCACGCGCACCGGCGCAUCGAGCAGCUGAACCGCGAGCUGGCCGAGCAGCGCGUGCGCGAGCAGCAGCACAUCGAGGCCGCCCUGCAGAAACAGAAACUCGAGGACAAAAAAGCCUUUGAGGCAGCCGUGGCCAAAGCGCUGGAGCGUCACAAAAGUGAGAUUGAAUUAGAACAAGAGAAGAAGGCAGCUGCGCCGCCAGGCUGCCGCCCACACCGACCACCUCCGAGACGUCCUGAAGAUCCAGGAGCAGGAUCUGAAAGUGGAAUUUGAGCAGAACCUAUCAGAGAAGCUCAGCGAACAGGAGAUGCAGUUCAGACGCCUUACUCAGGAACAGCUUGACAACUUCACCUUGGAUAUAAACACUGCCUAUGCCAGGCUGAAGGGAAUUGAGCAAGCAGUUGAGAGUCACGCGGUGGCAGAGGAGCAGGCCAGGAAGGCCCACCAGCUGUGGCUGUCGGUGGAAGCGCUGAAAUACUGCAUGAGGUCGGGCACGGGGGACAGUCCCACGGAGCCCCUGGGCAGCGCCGUGCAGGCCAUCAAGGCCAGCUGUGCCGACAACGCCUUCACGGAGGCCUUAACGGCGGCGCUGCCGCAGGAGUCGCUGACGCGCGGCGUGUACAGCGAGGAGGCGCUCAGAGCGCGCUUCCACACGGUCCAAAAACUGGCAAAGCGAGUGGCCAUGAUCGACGAGACCAGGAACAGCCUGUACCAGUACUUCCUGUCCUACCUGCAGUCGCUGCUGGUGUUCCACCCUCAGCAGCUGAAGCCGCCGGCCGAGCUCGGCCCCGACGACCUCGACACGUUUAAGUUACUGUCUUACGCCUCCUACUGCAUCGAGCACGGAGACCUGGAGCUGGCGGCCAAAUUUGUCAACCAGCUGCGAGGGGAGUCCAGGAGGGUGGCGCACGACUGGCUCACGGAGGCGCGCAUGACCCUGGAAACCAAACAGAUCGUGGAUAUCCUGACAGCGUACGCCAGUGCUGUGGGGUUGGGAACAACUCAGGUGCAGUGAGCUGGGAGUGCAGCUUUGCAGGCAGUUCAGCUGUUCUGGGCCAGACAGAAAUCCCACCAUCUCCUGAGGGUUCAAACAGAGCUGUUGGCAGGGGCUGGAAGCAGAAAAUCAAAGCACGGGUACCGUCUUGUUUCCUUGCACUGUAUUUAAUUUCACCAUCUGUUGUAUUUUUGUUGGUUUUGAGUUGUCAUGACAACCAACUUCAGGAAGCUUCCCUACAAUUUGUGUAAGAAUUAAUGUUUUCCCAUCUUACCAAGUGGGCUUGUGAUCGAACCAAAAUAAUGUUUGUAACCUGCCAUUAAUCAUUUGCCACUUUGUCAGCUGAAUAAAACAAGACUUCAACCACUUGC